CACACAUACACAACAACUUCGAUAUUAAAAACUCAUAGUCCUAACCAAAAACACAGGCACUAUGUCUCCCUUGAAUUAAAAUGCCCCAAGCUUUCAGUUAAACAUGCACUUGUAUUACUUUUUUUUGCAGAGAACGUUAGCAUGAAUUUCAAUGUUGACUGCAUGGCCGAGAAAGGAGAAAUUUUGGGACACAUUCUACCACGAAACCGAUAUGAAAUAACCAAAUUUCAAGACACUUCUCUGUUAAAAUUUACCCCUUACCGCCUGAACACAAGUGACAACACCAUCUAUCUGCGAGAUAAGUUGAAUGACUCCGUGUCCAACCUCACGUUCCUCUAUUUUACUGCAUUCGAAAAACAGGGAUACUGGGAGGGCAACUACUCAGUGACUAUAAAUAUCACCGGACGUCAUAAUGGCGUCUGUGCCAAACCCCAGGCAAGCUUCCACCAAGCCCAGGCUGCGGCACAGGAAGAAAGGGCAGACAACUUGGUCACCGCCCUGAUUGUGGUUACCCUCCUUUUCUGCAGCAUAAUAGCUGUGUUGGUCACAGCUUUCAUCAGGUGAUUGUUGUUGUUGUUGUUGUUGUUGUUGUUGUUGUUGUUGUUGCUGCUGUUGCU